AGGAGGAUUCUGUUUGGAGGAACGUUCCAUGUCUUUAACUACGAAUGGAGGAAAUCUGUCUUCAAGUUCAGAGAUCCCAGCUCUGACUUCUCGUACGCUCUGGAGACAGACUGGGGCGGGGCUCGGACUGUUCAGAUGGCAGUCCAGGCUCGGAUCAUCAAAAACCUGCUGUUCAUCAGACCCAGCGGCUCGGACACACGGACGCUGCACAGUCUGCGUGAGGUGGGACGUAAGGACCAGGAGAGGGCUCUGGCAGCUGCACUGACCGACAGCCUCUGGUUGGCUGGUCAGGAGGUCAGUGCCACUGUUACCUUGGUGACCAAGGACUAUUGCAUCACACCACACCUGGACUACAAGCUGGACAACUUCACAGAAAAGCUGCAGCUGUUCAGGUUUGAGCAGAAAGAAGACUUGAUGAUAUUCAUCGUGGAGCACAUUCACUGUUUUACAGAGGACAGCAGUCAUGGGGUUAUCCUCUUCCUCUACAGCCUCAUCUGCUCCCGCACCAUUGAAAGGCUGCAAGAAGACCUGGACUCUAGCUCCGCCCACCUGCUCAACCUCAACCUGGGGAACUUUGUAUGUCGUCAGGCAUUGAUUAACCUUCUGCUGACUGGACGAGCUCGUCCACACGUCUUUAAUGGAACUCUUUACCGGGACAAAGAUGACAGUCCCUUAGAUCGCCCCCUACAGGGCGUUUUAAACCGCAGUGACAUCGGCUAUCUACAUUGGAGCCGUGAGGAGAUGGAGCACAGCACACUGCUGCAGGUUGGCAGUAGGUUGAAGACGCCGUUGUUCCCUGUGUGGUUGGUCAGCGUGAACGGCAGCUGUUCCGUCCUCUUCAGCCUGAAACUAUCGCUGCUCUCUGAUUGGAGGAUGGAACACCUGUUUAACCUUUACUACUACAACGGGCAGAGCUCACAGACGCACACAUGCACACUGACUAUAGAUACCCACUCUCACCACUGGGAGGCAAUGUCCUCAGACACAGAUGCUGAGAGGAAGUUUCCGUCUUUAGAGAUGACCAUCAGGACGAAGUGGGCGGGGGCAGCUAUCAACUGGAAUGGAACCGCGCCUUUCUACUGA